CGGCGCCAUUACCGAGUUGGCUGAGCUUUCUGCACACUCUCGGAAAAGCAUUUCAUGAGGCUAAAGAAUGUCAGUAAAGGUCCGAUUACAAGGUCUUCCACCACUGGCAGACUCCAUUCACAUUCGAAGGUUCUUUACUGGACUGAAGAUUCCAUCUGGAGGUGUUACUAUAAUUGGUGGGGUGGAUGGUGAGGCAUUUGUUACAUUUAAAACCUCUCAAGAUGCUUACCAUGCAAUCCAAAGGUCUGGGAGACCUCUAAUGAAUUCAUGUAUCCAAAUUUUUCUUGACAGCAAGGCAGAGCAGGCCCAUACAAAACACCACCGUAGGUCUGUGGGAAAGCCUGGGUAUGUACGCAUAUCGUUGCAUCCCUUUCAUGCUUCAUUUUCUGAUGUGAAAAGGUUUUUCCAAAAAUAUUCUGUAAAGAGUGUAAUUUUUUUACUGAAAAACAAAGUAAGGAAUGGGCAGGCUCUUGUUAAAUUUGCUAAACAUAGACAUGCAUGUAAAGCACUCUCUUGUACUUUGUCGAACGGCAAAGGUCCCAGUAAACAUCUCAAGCAUGAAAGGCGUUUUUUUGUCACAUCUAUCAAAAAAUCUGAUGAGGCAGAAUGGAUCAAAUUUGGUGGCAAAGUUGAUGCUUGGGAGAAAGAUGCAUCUAGUAUGUCUUGCUGCAGGUCAAAGCCACCCUAUGAUGAACUUCACACAUUGUAUAUCCAAGAGUUUUAUGCACGCCUAAUGAAUGUGAGUCGCCAUGCUGAGAAGCGGCACAUAAAGAGGUUUUUGUUCGAUCUUGUUGACGAUUCUCAGAUCACAUUCGUGUAUGACAAAAAUGGCUGUAGAACACGAGACUGUUUUGUAAUGUUUAUAACGGACAAUGAUUACACAAGAGCCCUUGGUUUGGAUAAAUCAAUCCUUAAAGGGUGUCCUGUACGAGUGUUGCCUGUACCUAAGGAGCAAGUGAUGGAAUUUGUUAAUAACAGGAAAAUGGACAUUACACUAGACCCAGUUUCGGAGGAGGAUUUAGUUUCGGAGGAGGAUUUAGUUUCGGAGGAGGAUUUAGUUUCGGAGGAGGAUUUAGUUUCGGAGGAGGAUUUAGUUUCUGAGAAGGAUUUAGUUUCGGAGGAGGACUUCAUUUCGGAGGAGGACUUCGUUUCGGAGGAGGAUUUCGUUUCAGAGGAGGAGUCGCCUAGUACAAGUAGUUCAGGAUCCAAACUGACGUGCGUCUAUCUAAGAAACUUUGCAGCUGAUGUAAACAAACAUGACGUAUUAAACUUUUUAACAGGAUUUGCUUUAAAUGAAGACGACAUCUCUCUGUUACAAGACGAUAAUGGGGAUGGCCUCGGUGAAGCACUGGUUAAAUUCUCGAGUGAAAAGGAAGCGGCUAGUGCAGAAACGUUAAAUCGUAAACACUUCCGGGGCACGGAAAUCCUGCUGAGAUGCAUCUCUGAGGAACAGCUGAAAGUAUUUGGUGUUAAUAAUUUUGGAUCUUCUUCUUUUGACAGCCUGGAUUUUUCUAGCAGCAAGGAGGAGUACAAUCUAGAAGAGUUGCAGGCUUGUGUCAGCAUUGCAGAUGACACUCCUGAUGUCACAUAUGAUUCUUCAUAG